AUGGUGCUGGCAGCCUUGGGCUCGGCCAUCGACGAGCUAAUAACCACGGUUGCCAAGCUCACACCAGAGCAGAAGCAGUCCCCACGCGUCCAGAGCCUCAAGCGCCGCGUAGAAGCAGCGUUACGACCGGGCACACAUGGUCGGAUCAACCAAUUUGCAGUGGCCCGCCAGCUAGAAGGUCUGCAGGAGAAAUUCCAAGUCCUUGACCGAGAAGAGCUGGCGGUUGCUCUCCGCAGUCGCCUCGCGGAGCUAGAGGGCUACCCAAAUGCAUGGCAUCCCGAGAUUCUGAGCUUGCUGGUGCAACUCUCGGAUCGCCCAGCUCAGCUGUCGAAGAUUGAUCGACUGGAGACGCCAGUCAAUUCGAACCUGGCCGGAGACGAGUCGCUGUCAUGUGCCGAGCUCGAUCUUCAUGGGGCCGCCUUCAGCGAUCAAGACAUUUGGGACCCGGUCGACUUUGGUCCCGGAUCCUCGGACGAUGAUAUCUCUUCUGUCACCAGCGGUGUUUCUAUCCCUCGAGUUAAGCCUCAGACACCAUCUACCCCGGAACAGGAAUACGUUAUUCCCGAUGACGUAUUCGUGUCAGGCGAAGAGGAAAAGCUCAUCGCCUCCCUGGAGAAGGCUCAAUUCUGGAAACCUGAGAAUCAUCCUCAUAUCCCUCGAGGGAAAGAGGAAGCCUCUUGUGUCAUCAGCGAAUUGCAAUUGACCAGAGAGACAAUCUUCAUGCUCCAAGGCCUACCCACAUCGAUCUUCUGGCGUCUCGAUAACUGCAUCGAAAUUGACCGCCGCUAUACGCUUGCGCAUGCAUCCCAUACAGCUCUCUCAUCACUGUUGAAAUAUUUCACUGAGGUUGGCACGAAUAUUGACACCCUGCGACGAUUCAGCGGAUCCCCGCAAAGCAUUCCCUAUAUGCAGACAUUCUGCCGAGGCAUCGAAGAGCGUCUUCGCGAGUUCGAUGGGUUUCUCUCGCAAAUACAGUGCAACUAUCUUUCUGCUGGCUCGAUCAUCAGUUUACUCCAGUUAAUGGACGACGUUCGUCAGCGUUCUCAUCAUUUAGUGCUACUAUCUGACCUAAUUUACAAAUUGGAGCCCCACUCGACUGAUCAACCAAUGCGCUGCCUCAACUUAUUAUACAACUCGGUAUGUAUGAUGGAAGCUCUUGGCGAUGAAAGUGCAUCGAGAGCGCUCGGAAAGCUGUUCUGCACAUGCUUCAAAACCUAUACCCGAUCGAUCCAGCUCUGGAUGGAAACCGGGCAAGUCGAUCCUUUUGACACUGCAUUUUUCGUGAAGCUGAACAGCGAAAAUGGUGAUCUGCGAAGACUCUGGCAUGACUGGUACGUGCUUGACGAAGGAAUCCAGCGUCAGAACAUCCCACAAUUUCUGGAGCCUGGCGUCCACAAGGUCUUCACCAUUGGCAAGAGUAUGGUCUUCUUGUGCAAUCUGAAUGCACUUCCAGACCGCCCUGAGACUUUCACAAGGGUUGACGCGAUAUUUGACGAUGUCUAUUCCGAAUCAACAUUUACCUCAUCCCUUCCAUUCUCUGCAUUGGUGGAGUCUGCUUUCGACCGCUUGGUAGAUGUCAACCACUCGGCCAUCGCUGGGCUGCUACGAACCGAACUCGAUGAGCAGUGUGGCCUCUGGAGAUAUCUUACUGUCCUACAACACGUUUAUCUCGGUCAAGAUCUGAGUAUCCUUGGCAUAAUCGACGCUAAGAUUUUUGAGUUGAUGGACCGUGGCCGGUCUUGGGAUGACAAAUUCCUGCUUACCGAAUUGACAAGGUCAGCAUUCAGCGCAAUGCCCACCAUGGAUUUGUCGAGACUGGUCGUGCGAUCGGAUGGGUCCUCUUCCAGUGAUCCCCAGAAUCUCACCCGAACGGUCACAGUUCUUGGGACUAUCUCUAUUGACUACGUCCUUCCAUGGCCCAUCGCGAAUAUUAUCACGCAAGACGCCAUUCACUCCUACCGACGCGUUUCGACAUUUCUUAUGCAGAUUCGUCGCGCAAAGUAUGCCAUUGUCAGACAACACAUGCGAGAUGGAUACAGCGCAGUAGCAGACGACCGAGACAGGACACUUGUUCAUGGUCUCCACCACAGUCUCCUCUGGUUCCUCGAUACUAUCUAUGCACACCUCACCUACCUAGUCAUAUCCACCGCAAACCAGUCUCUACACCAGGCGCUCUCCAGUGCUGACGAUGUGGAUGCGAUAAUUGCCGCACACCAGUCGUAUAUGUCCUCCCUGGAGGACCAGUGUUUCCUAUCCGAAAAUCUCUCCCCAAUUCACGACGCUAUUAUCAACCUUUUGGAUCUUUGCAUCCACUUCGCAGAUCUGCAGACGGUACAUGCGGCGGAGGAAGGAGUGUUUGAGCAAGGCGAUGCCAGCAUAUUGAACACUCUACGGCGAAAGAAAAAUGGUGGAGAUAACUCCGACUCGGAUUCGGACGAUAAUGAUGAUUUCGAACAUGAACAAACGUUGACUAUCUCAUUCCGCGACUCGCCCUAUGACCGCCAGAUGCAAAAUGUCAAGCAUCAGUUUGAUCAUUUGAUGAGUUUUGUCGCGGAUGGACUGAAGGGUGUUGCUCGCGCGGAUGGUCUGCCCAGCUGGAACAUCUUGGCAGACCGUUUGGAAUGGAGGAAGGGCUGGUAG